UGGCGGGAGCUUUGUGUCACUUCCGGCACCCUCAGGGCUGCGCGGCCCGGGUGGGACCCCCGGCACCGGGCAGCGCCCGCGGCCCCGGUCCCGCGGCAUGGCCGUGUUCGACACCCCGCAGGCGGCGUUCGGGGCGCUGCGCCCCGUCUGCGUGCAGCUGACGCGGGCGCAGACGGUGGAGAACGUGGAGCAGCUGCAGGCGCACCUGGCCGGGGUGAGCGGCGCGGCCCUGCAGGAGCUGCAGGAGUACGUGCUGUUCCCGCUGCGCCUCGCCCUGCGGGUGCCGGGGCCCAAGCAGGAGCGGCUGGUGCAGAGCCUGGUGCAGUGCAUCUCCUCCGUGCUUGCGGCGACGUGCGUGAAGAAGCAGGAGCUGCUGCAGGAGCUCUUCUCUGAGCUCUGUACCUGCCUCGCUCCCCCUCCCAGCUCGGGCAAAGCCGCCCCGCUGUCCGAGGAGCUGAAGCUGGCUGUGAUCCAGGCACUCCACACCCUGCUGCAUUCGGCUUAUGGGGAUAUUAUCUUGUCUCUGUACCAACCUUCCACCCUUCCGCUCUUAGGAUUUGCUGUGUCUUUGCUUCUGACUCUCGCAGAGCAAGAAAAAGCAAAGCAAAUCAAGAUCUCUGCUUUGGAGUGCUUGCAGGUCCUGGUUCUGCAGUGUGACUGCCAGGAGCACCGACACCUGGAUGAAGAUGAGGCACAGCAAUGUGGGGAUUUGUUUGCUUCUUUUCUGCCCGGGAUUUCUAUUACACUGUCUCGAGUUAUUGCUGGAGACAUCAAACAAGGUCACAAAACCACCGUUUCUGCCAUCAGACUCUUUUAUCUGAUUGUUGGCUUGGUAAUGGCUGACAAACAGCUAGCCAGAAUCCCAAAGAGUAAGGAAAAGGUGCCAGUGGAACACAGCAGAAUAUCAGAGUUAAUGAUCCACAGAGGACCUGACUGGACUAAAAGUACUGCUGAAAAACUCUCUCUUCUCUUGCAUAAGGUGGUUGAAUCUUCUUCAGUUCACCCCCACUGGAAGGUGAGACUGGAGCUGGUGGAGCUGGUCCACCACUUACUGAGGAACUGCAAUCAGUCACUGGUGGAUUCGUUCAGUCACCUCUUAAAGGCCUUGGUUGGGCUGGUUAAUGAUGAAAACAGCGAAGUCCAGAGCAGGUGUAACGAAGUUCUGCAAGGGAUUGGAGAGCAGGGGCUUGUGGCACAGAACAGGGCUCUUGCUGAUGUCCUCUCUGAGAACCUCCAUUCCCUUGCCACAGCCCUUCCCCGCCUGAUGAACUCUCAGGAUGACAUGGGCAAGGUUUCCACACUGAGCUUAUUGCUUGGCUACCUGAAGCUGCUGGGCCCCAAGGUUAACAUUGUCCUCAACUCCGUGUCCCACCUGCAGCGCCUGUCCAAGGCACUGCUGCAGGUUCUGGAGCUGGACGUGACGGACGUGAAGAUAGUGGAGGCCCGGCGCUCUGGGCCACCGGGCCCCUUGCAGCAGGGUGUGCAGAUGGGCAGGUGCCAGAAGAAAUAUUUCCGCUUCUUCACAGAGGAGAAGGUUUUCCAGCUCCUUCAGCAAGUGUGUCGUGUUCUUGGCUACUACGGGAACCUCUACUUGCUUGUGGAUCACUUCAUGGGGCUGUACAGCGAGUCUGGCCUAUACCGAAAGCAGGCAGCCAUGGUCCUCAACGAGCUGGUCAUGGGAGCUGCCGGAGUGGGAGUGGAUUUCCUGCGGGAAAGGGAAGCUCCACUGAGCGUGGAUGAUCUCAAAGGGUCCAUAACAUCCAUUCUGGAUGAGUACAUGGACCAGGCGAACUGGUAUUUGGUCACUAGCAUUGACACAGAGGAAAGCAGCCCUGAGCAGUCAGUGCAGCACCUGGGACUCCCUGUGCGUGCGGGAGGGACAUCCAGCAGCGUUCUCCAUCUGUCCCCAGAGCCGCCAGUCACAACCCGCACCAUGAACAGCAACAUCUGGCAGAUCUGCAUCCAGCUGGAGGGCGUUGGCUGCUGUGCCGCUGUCCUCGGGAAGGAGUUCCGGCUGCUGCUGCUGUCAGCUCUCUACCCUGUGCUGGAAAAGGCUGGGGACAGGACUCUGCUCAUCAGCGAGACAGCACUGGGGACACUGGCAGACAUAUGUGAGGCCUGUGGUUACGACUCGGUGCGGAGUUUGAUUAAUGAGAACUCUGACUAUCUGGUGAACGGGAUUUCCCUGAAUUUGCGCCAGCUGGCGUAUCAGCCACGUGCGUCCCAGGUCCUGGACACGAUGCUGAGGCACUCAGAUGCCAGCUUGCUGCCACUGGUAGAAGAUGUAAUCCAAGAUGUCCUGUCUACACUAGAUCAGACCUACAAUAGCCAGGCUUCCACCUUCCUCAGGGUCCUCCACUCAGUCAUGACUGCUCUAGUGCAGUGGUUUGGAAUGCCCAGCGCUCAGGGGCACCAGCAAAGGCAGACUGACAAGGGGCAGAGCAGGGCUCGGUCCCAGGGACAACAGGAGGUGACAAUGACAAGUCAAGAAGUGGAACGAUUCUUCCUUGACUAUGUCAGCCAGAAGCAGAUCGCAGAGGGGGAUCUUCCUGACCUGGAGGAGGAGGAGGCAGAUGAGGUUCCCCUUGCUAAGCCAGAGCCCAGCUGUGACACAGGAGAAGCUCCAAUGCCAAGCCAUGCUCAGCUGGCCAGGGAUGUGAUGGAGAGGUGCAUCCACUUGCUGUCUGAUGGGAGCCUCCGAGUGCGGCUGAAGGUCCUGGACGUGCUGGAGCUCUGUGUAACCAUGCUGCAUCCUCAUGGAAACCAUCUGCUUCCCAUGGCUCACCGUGUCUGGCCAGCUCUCGUCACCCGGCUGAUUAGCGACGACCCUCUGGCAGUGCUCAGAGCCUUCAAGGUGCUGUGUACCCUGGCUCAAACAUGUGGGGACUUCCUGAGGCAGAGGUUCUCCAAAGAUGUCCUGCCCAAGCUGACCAGUUCCCUCCUCAGCCAGGCCCCAGUGAGUGCCAGAGCUGGGCCUGUGUACAGCCACACACUGGCCUUCAAGCUGCAGCUGGCUGUGCUGCAGGGCCUGGGCUCUCUCUGUGAGGAGCUGGACAUGGGCGAGAGUGACCUGAAUAAAGUGGCAGAUGCCUGCCUGAUUUACCUCAGUGCCAAGCAACCUGUGAAACUGCAAGAAGCUGCCCAGAGUGUUUUCCUGCACUUGAUGCACGUGGACCCUGACAGCACCUGGCUGUUCCUGAGUGAAGUGUGCUGCCCCGAGGGGUACGAGCCCCCCCACGCCAGCCUGCGGCCGGUGAAGCUCAGCGGGAUGGGGCGGCCACGGAACGAGCUCACGGACAACGUGCUGCUCCUGCUCCAGAGGCUGCAGCAGCAGGAGGGCACAGCUCCCAGCAGCAGCACACAGGAGGCAUCUCCUUCCUGACAGACCUGCCCGGCAGCUGGGAUGGGAAACAGGAACCACCAGGAUAGAGCUCACCUGGGAAAACACCAUCACUCAGGAGCCAAAUGGUUCAGGGGCAGAGGAAGGGCUGCCCAGUCUGGGGCACUGGUUGAGACACUGUCCCUGUGGCAGAGGGUUUAUUUGUUUGAGAAUGAGGUGGGUACAUGACCCUGACUCCUCCUGACUUGUGCCUGGCCAGCACCAUAUGCAGAGAAAAAUGGCACAUCUCUUCCAAAUUCUUCAGUAUGAAGAGAGUCAUCUUCCAGAAAUUACUUCUUGAUCCUUGGUGGGGGGGGUGCCCCUUUAGCACCCCCCCAGCCUCUCUGAUAUUUUCACAUCUGUGAUGAUCCCUCCCAUUCUCAGCUGGAUGGUGACCAACAACUCAAAGCAAAAGCUUUUUCUGGCUUUUACCCUUCCCAGGAAGAGAAUCUUGUUUGGGGGUGCACUAUAAACCUGUUCUCUUUAAAAGCAGUUAAUCUCAGAAGUUAAAGUGCAUUUCCAAUAAAUUCCUUACCUCUGUUACUAUCAAGAACAAUGUGUCCUCUCAGAGGCAUCAGGGCUGCUCCUCACAGCUGCAGUUUGCUGAGACCAGAUGGAGGCGGCCAAACGUGCUCUGCUCUCUAUCUCACUCUCUGUGAGGUUCUGUGGAGAAUCAGCCAGCCCUGAUUCAAACCUGGGAGGGAUUUACAACUUCUCCCAUGCCCAGAUCACGGUUCUCAGGCCAUUUUUAACCCCUUCCCCAAGGAGAAUUGGAUGAAGCACCUGCCUGUGCCCCAGUACGGCCUCUGUGUUUGUCCAUGGCAGCACCAGCAAGCACCGUGGCACCCCAGCAGUGCCAUGGUUUGUCAAAGUAGGGACAGCAUGGUACAGUGAGCAGAGGAUGACUCCUCUUUGGGGUCAGCUCACUCUCCCCUGAUCUCCAGCUCCCACAUCCCCAGGCUCUUUCUGCAGAGAUUGUCCACAGGCACUGCUUUGCUCAGCUGCUCCCAGAUCCCUCAGCUUCACCCAAGCAGCUCCUGGCAGCAGGCUGCCUCCUGACACUCGGGGAAGAUCUAUGCAAGUGAAGCAAAAGAUCUUGACUAAAUUUAGAAGCAAGCUCAGAAAUACAAAAACCAAAGCAAUAAACAGAUUGUUACAUGGAGCAGGCUUUCUGCAUCACUGUUGGGAUCCUGGGUGAACAUCCAAAACAAGUAUCUGUUGGUGGGCCCAAGGGCACUGUCUCUGCUGCCACCUCCCUCCGCUGAAGUUACUUCCCCUUGUGUCCCUGGUUUUAUUCAGGUUUUCCUCCUGUUUGCUUCUCCAGGGAAAACACAAGUCAGUGUCUUUUUAUCCAGCAGGACACGGCUGCAGGUCAGCAUAACUCUUUUUUAAUAUCUGUUCAGUGUUUAACGCUGCUUGGGUUCUAUACAAAGGAGCCUUCAGAGCUGCUCUGACAGGGCAGGCAGGGAGGUGAAAUACUGUCUUUGGUUUCCAAGCGCCCUUGGGGCUGGUGCAGUUUCCUGGGUUGUUGUAGCACUUGACAAAACUCAUCCAUUAGGUGCAGAUGCUUCAUCCAGUCUCGCUCUGCUUGGCUGUGCUGUGGUGGUGACUCCAAGGACCCAUCCUGCCCAUGCCAAGGCUUGCCAUCCUGCAGGACAGGCGUGGGAUUCAAGGGCAGCAUUGUCCCAUCACUGCCCAGUGCCCAACCACACCACCCAGGCAGGGCUCUGGCACAGCUGACUGCACCAAGACACCCCCACCCAGAGCCUGUGAUUCACAGUGCUGUCCAAGGAUUUUCCCCACAGGCUCAGCCCCAGCCAGCAGGUGGGUGCUGGUGGCAGGAGAGGCUGUCCUGCCUGUCAGUCAGCUCCUCUGAGCUACGUUAUCACCCUUGCUUUAUUGGAGGCUGAGUAAAUUGCUUUUGUCUGAGGCAGGAUAAUGGCUGGGAGAGGGACUGUGUGGAAAUGGCAUUUUCAUGAGGCUGGUUCCUCCCCAGCAGUGACUUGCAUAUUAAGCUCAGCCUCUUCACAAGCCCCGGGCUUUUGCCACCAGAACUGUCCUCCACCAAGUAGCCCCCAACACUCUGGGGUAGGGACCCCCAGCUCCCCCCACUCCAGUCACACUCUCUGGGAUCAGAGAGCAAAUAAAACCGUGUCCAGCUGCCUCCUCCAUGCAGGAACACAGCCAGGACCCUGGGGGUCUGCCACACUGUGCUGGGGGCACAGUCCCACACACAGCCCCUGGCACCAGGCACUACUGAACCACGCAUACAGAUCCAGCAGGGUCCUCUCCUCCACUCUUGCUCCCAAGAUUUCCUAUAAAUUCAACAAAACUAAUCUCUUCUAAUAAAACCCGUUAUUGUUAAAGCUCA